CCCACACCACUCCCAUAAUCAACCUUCCAACCUUUUCUCUCUCUCUAGAACUCAGUGUUUCUCUCUCUACAUACACCACCGGAGACAUAACUCCCACCACCAUGCCUGAGGCACCAAACAACUCCACAACUGACUACAAUACUCUCACUGAAAAGAACAAAAAGUGUCUUGAAUUCAUUGAAGAUGUCACCUCUAACCCUGAUGAAGUUCAACUACGUGUUCUCUCGGACAUCCUCACCCAAAAUGCCACCGUGGAGUACCUCCACCGCCACGGUCUAUCCGGCCAAACUGACCGUGAAACGUUCAAGAAACUUGUACCCGUCAUCACAUAUGAUGAUCUCCAACCCGAUAUCACACGUAUUGCCAAUGGAGACCGAUCUCCGAUCCUCUCCUCUCACCCCAUUUCAGAAUUCUUAACCAGUUCGGGGACGUCUGGAGGAGAAAGAAAGCUCAUGCCCACCAUCGAAGCCGAGCUCGGAAGACGAACUUUGUUAUACAGUCUUUUGAUGCCGGUGAUGAGCCAGUUUGUACCCGGUUUGGAAAAAGGGAAGGGGAUGUAUUUCCUGUUUGUAAAAUCUGAGUCCAAGACUCCGGGCGGGCUUUUAGCCCGCCCAGUUUUAACCAGUUACUACAAAAGUAACCAUUUUAAAGAAAGACCAUACGACCCGUAUACAAACUAUACGAGCCCAAACGAGACUAUUUUGUGUCAAGACUCGUUUCAAAGCAUGUACUCCCAAAUGCUUUGUGGGUUGUGUUUGAACCAAGAGGUUCUCCGGGUCGGUGCGGUUUUCGCCUCUGGGUUCAUCCGUGCCAUCCGGUUUUUGGAGAAGCAUUGGGCGGUUUUGUGCAAUGAUAUCCGGACUGGCACGGUGAACCCAGUGAUCACUGACCCGGUGGUUAAAGAAGCGGUGCUUCGGGUUCUGAAACCCGACCCCGCUCUUGCUGAGUUUAUCGAGCGUGAAUGCUCGAAAAGCUCAUGGCAAGGGAUCAUUACCCGAAUCUGGCCGAACACGAAAUAUGUUGACGUUAUCGUAACCGGGACCAUGUCACAAUACAUACCCACUCUCGAUUAUUAUAGCAAUGGUCUCCCUCUUGUGUGCACCAUGUAUGCUUCUUCUGAAUGCUAUUUUGGAGUCAAUCUGAACCCACUUUGCAAACCUAGUGAAGUUGCAUACACCCUCAUCCCCACCAUGGCCUACUUCGAGUUCUUACCGGUCGGUAACAACGAUCAAGACCAAGAACCGAACCCUGUCGAUCUUUCUGAGGUUAAACUCGGUCAAGAUUACGAGCUUGUUGUCACCACUUAUGCUGGGCUUUAUAGGUAUAGAGUUGGUGAUUUGUUACGAGUCGUGGGCUUCAAGAACAAAGCGCCACAAUUCAGUUUCAUAUGUCGAAAGAAUGUCGCUUUGAGCAUCGAUUCGGACAAAACGGAUGAAGUCGAGUUGCACCAAGCGAUUGAGAAGGCAUCGGGCCAUCUAGUCCCAUUCGACGCAACCCUCAUCGAAUACACUAGCUUCGCCGACACCACCACAAUCCCGGGCCACUAUGUAAUCUUCUGGGAGCUAAGCGUAAAAGGCUCGUCGACUCAUGUGCCACCAUCCGUGCUCGAAGAUUGUUGCAUCACAAUCGAGGAAUCGCUAAAUAGCGUGUACCGACAGGGCCGGGCUUCUGACAAGUCGAUCGGGCCACUAGAGAUCCGACUUGUGGAGCCCGGCACUUUCGAUAAGCUGAUGGAUUACGCCAUUAGCUUAGGCGCAUCGAUCAACCAGUACAAAACACCAAGAUGUGUGAAAUUCGCACCCAUCAUCGAGCUUUUGAACUCGUUGGUGGUGUCGAAUUACUUCAGCCCGAAAUGCCCGAAAUGGUUUCCGGGUCAUAAGCAGUGGAACAACAUGAACUAAGAGGAGGUUGAUGAUCUCUUCAAUGGACUAUGAUGCCUAUGAUGAGUAUGGAACAACAAAUGUGAUCUAGGUAGUAUUAUUAUGUACAAAAGCAGUUUGCUGUUUUAAGGAAAGAUUAUGUUGUUUUGGAUUUGAAGUUGUUGAUUUAAUUUGUGGAAUUUAAUGUAAUAGUUUUAAGGUACUAAUGAUGUUAGAAUCCAACCAGGAAUCCUGCCCACUUAAAUUUCAUGGGGAUAUGAUGGUUUAUAGAUUAAUAUUUCCUAGAAAGCAAACUACCUUUUCUUC